CAUAAAACGCCAUUUCCCGUUGGCAGGCAUGCUGGUGACGUUCGUCGUGGACACGAGCGCGUCCAUGGCGCAGAAGAGCGCGUGUGGCAUGUCGCUCCUCGACUUUGCCAAGUCUCUGGUCGAGACGAUGGCCAAGAAGCUGCUCGCGCGCAGCCUCAACCGCGUCAACUACAUGCACUUCAUGCUCGUGACCUUCAGCGGCGUCGUCGUCGGCAUGGAGCACUCGACCAACCGCGACCUCUUCUACCGCGAGCUCAAGUACCUCGAGGCGCGCGACUUGAGCGACGUCGGCGGCGCGCUCUCGACGGCCUUCGACUUGAUCAACCGCGAGCGCGCCAAGAUCUUUUGCGACAACUACGGCCUCGGGCGCCUGCCCUUCAACGCGCAUAUGUCGCACGUCGUGCUCAUCACGGACGCCGGCGCGCUCACGACGCUCGACGGCGUGCAGCCCGACCUCGUCGUGCCGCCCACGAGCCUCUCGGCGCUCGACCUCACGCGCCAGCCCUUUCGCUGGGACCAGCGCCUCUUUACGUUUGCCGUCCAGCUCUCGGCCGAGUCGCUCACGAGCAAGGCGCCGGCAAUCAACCCGCCGUUCUACUCGUCGCUCUGCGAAGAGACGGGCGGGACGCUGCACCUCUUUACAAACGGCCGCGUGACCAAGCCGAUGCUCGAGAAAGAGGUCGAGUCGAUCAUUGCGCGCAUGAAGCCCGGCGUGCUCGUCAAGUUUGCGUGCGACGGCUCGGACGGCGAGACGUUCGCGCCGACGAAGAACGCACUCACGCCCAGCGCGACGCUCGGCCGCGACUACUCGUGGCCGAUCCCGGAGGCGUUCUGGGUCGACCGCAACACGACGAGCCUCGGCCUUCGCGACGCGCACCCAACGCUCGUCUAUAGGCGGUCGGUCGAGUCGCCGACGGACGCUGCGACCAACCAGCUCGUGCUCGACACGCUCAAGUUCCCGACCGACUCGUAUCUGAUCGAGUCGACUUUGAACCCGUCGCCGCCACGGGGCGCGCGCUGGCUUGUGUACAUGGCCAACUCGAAGGGCGACGGCCGGCUGGGCGAGCCGUUUGGGUUUCUGCGUACGACGGCCGCGGCCACGCACCUCGUCCUGUUGCCGUACAACUACCCGGUACUCUUUUCGCUGCUCGUGGACGCGGCGCGGCAGCACCAGCCGACGACGCCGGCGAAUGCGUGGCUCUUUCAGGCGAAGACCAUGUCGCCAAGCUGGAAGGACGCGUUCUCGACGUACGUCCUGAGCUGCCCGAGCUACUACAGCCUCCCGCUGCGCAAGAUCCUCAAGCGCUACAACCUCCACGAGCUCGUGCCGGAACUGCCCGAGAACGGACGUUGCUACCAGGUGACCAACCACCUCACGCGUAUGAAGGACGUGGCGAUGGUCGAGAGCAGCGAGAAGCCGUCGGCGCGCCCAACGAGCAGCAGCAACCACGUCUCUCCCCACUCGACGCCGUCGCAGUCGCCGUUCCGGACGACAAAGGAGGUGGUGACGGUCCAAGCGCCGGGCCUCCUCACGCGGACGCAGCUGCUGCAGGCGCACGCGGCGCAGCGCCGGACGGUGGCUCCGUCGCGGGAGGUGGCGCGGGCGACCGAGUGGACCGGGACCCUCGCGCGCCUGGCGCCGAGCGCGUCGACCUUGGCCACCAGUGACCACGCCAAGUUUUCGCUGACGGUCGAGGUCAUGUCAGACUACAUUCCGACGGUGCUCAGGAACGAGCUGCUCCGCAACCCGUUCUCAGACCCGGAGAAGGACGAGCACACGGUCGAGGGUUCGAAGCGCCGCAAGCUCGAGUUUUCGCUCGGGUCGCCGUACAAGAAGUCGGCGACCAAGAAGGGCGACGACCUCAUCCUGCAAGGCGAAGCCGCCGACGAGGCCGCGGCACUCGGGUCGCCGUCCUCGAGUCACUCGUCGCGCCGCCAGCGGUCGCGCCAGAAGUACAAGAAGCAAUGGAAGACGUCGGGGAAGAGCAGCCCGACGCACCCGUCGCCCACGUCUCCGGAGACGGCGCUGCUCAGCGUCCCGCUGUCCGUGACGGGCGAGGACGCGCAAAAGGUCAUGGCCGCGACCGCGACGCGUCUCGGUGUGACGACCAACGACGACGACGACGACGAGAAGCUCCUGAGUCGGCGCGUGUACCACAUCAUCAUUGAGAACAGCAGCGUCUGGAAGGGCGUCGCUGUCCGCAUUCGCAGCCGGUCGUUUCAGACCAAGGACACGGCCACGGUGCUCAAGGACCUCGGCGAGAUCAAGGGCGACAAGGCCGUCCGGCUCGGCUACCUCCACCUCGCGACGGGACUCGCCAAGGCCUUUAAGCGGUCGCUCCUCGUCAAGAUGCUCGCCAAGACGGAGGCGUCGCUGCUCCAGGAAGUGUAAUCAGUACAAACAUCAACAGUCUCUGUUUUGUAGCAAA